AUGACUGAUCACCAAGCGAGCAUGGGAGACUGUGAUAAAGAAGACCCAAUGCAGUCCCUCGCAGCGAAGGACGGGAGCGACUCGGAGGAAUGGUCCCGUGCAUGCUCGAGACAAGCUUCAGUUGAGCCAAGCGACGCCGACGCCGGUAACACCGAACAGCCUGUGCGCCACAACAGAAAUAACAACAGCAACGAUAGCAGCGGAAGUGAUGGCAGCGAGAGAUCAGGUGUCGACACGCAGCCUAACCUUGCCGAUGUAUACGAGCGAGACUGCCGCCUUACCCUGUGUUUUCCUGCCAGGAUGGCAACCCCGCCGUUCCACCGUCAGGGGUCUGGUGGAGGUUCGCAGGCAUCCCUGUCCUUUGGAACCCAAGCAGGCGAUGGCCCAGGUUUUGAUGAACCACAACAGCCAAAUGGCCCCGAGGAGCAAACCGAGCCAAGGGACACAAGCAAUAACAGGAGGCAGGAGGAGCCUCAAGCCAAAGCACCGGCCAAGCGUAAGGGCGGAUCUUCGCAGUCAUCCAAGAGGUCUACUCGUCGCAGAACAUAA